CCCAAUGUUCUCUCGCCUUGCCUCUACGCCAUCUCUCUAUAAAGUCAUCGGAAAUGGAGUCCGGCAAUCUCGCUGAGAACGGACACUGUUCCGAUGCCGCCGGCGAACCUCGAUCGUCUCUCAUCCUUCUCGGAACCGGCUGUUCCAGUGUCGUCCCCAAUGCCAUGUGCCUCAUCCAGCCCUCCGAUCCUCCCUGUAAUGUCUGCUUCCAGUCAUUGUCGCUCCCUCCGGAGCGGAACCCAAAUUACAGGUGCAAUACUUCUCUUCUGAUUGAUUAUUGCCAGAACAAUGGUGAACACAAAUACAUAUUGAUUGAUGUCGGAAAGACAUUUAGGGAGCAAGUUAUUCGGUGGUUCACUUUUUAUAAGAUUCCUCAAGUGGAUUCUAUAAUUUUGACUCAUGAACAUGCUGAUGCAGUUCUUGGUUUGGAUGAUAUGCGUGCUGUUCAGCCAUUUAGUCCUACAAAUGAUAUCAGUCCUACUCCUGUUUACCUCAGUCAGUAUGCAAUGGAGAGCAUUGCCACGAAAUUUCCAUACUUGGUUAAGAAAAAACUUAAAGAAGGCCAAGAACUGAGACGGGUAGCACAGCUUGACUGGAAAAUAAUUGAAAGCAACCAUGAGAAACCAUUUGUUGCAUCAGGCCUGCAAUUUGUUCCUUUGCCAGUGAUGCAUGGAGAAGACUAUCUCUGUUUGGGCUUUCUUUUUGGUGAAAAAUGUAAAGUAGCUUAUAUAUCUGACAUAUCACGUUUUCCAUCAAGCACUGAGUAUGUUAUUUCAAAAAAUGGAGGUGGACAGUUGGAUCUGCUUAUCUUGGAUACAUUGUAUAAGAAAGGAUCGCAUAAUACCCACUUUUGCUUCCCUCAGACGCUUGAAGCUGUGAAGAGGAUAUGCCCAAAGCGAGCUCUUUUAGUAGGGAUGACCCAUGAGUUUGAUCAUCAUAAAGACAAUGAAACUCUAAUGGAAUGGUCCAGAAGGUACAAUUCUCAGACACCCUUCCACUCAAUGAUCAGAGUCCAAAUUUAUGUGUCAAGAUUGGCAUUCAGUGGUCUUUCAAAUUCAUAUACUUUAGAUUUGACCAUUCUGAGAAUCCUGUGGCCUGAGCCUGAUGGGUGUUGCAUUGUUGAAGGACCAAAGGAGGAUGUGGGACUAAUGUUUUGUAGAGUCCUUUCUUUAAGUUUGCAGAAAGAUCUUUAAUAUGGAGAACUGAUUUUUCUACCUUCUCUUUCUUGAAUUUAGAGAAGGAAUACCGGUUCAACUUGCACAUGAUGGGUUGAGAGUCCCCAUAGACCUUUGAUGAGGUAAGAUGUCAACAUUGUGUAUUAUGGCUUCAAUUAAAUAUACAUAUUCACCUGGGUCUUAUUAAUUCCAUUCCGAGUACAUGUACCUUGGUCAUUGUUGUGUCCGCAGGUUGAUGUACCAAAUACAAAUCGUGGCCAGACACAUACUCAAAACUGUUGUUUUCCCUAUUUUGAAGGAAAGAAAACAAUUCAUGUAUUUGGGUUGAUGUCAACUUAUUUAAUGUAGUUUUAGCAGCUGUGAUGCAAGAAUGGAAACAAAUAAGAAGAGGAUGGUGCAAAUGCCGGUGUUAAGUAAUUCUAUGAUUCAGAAAAAAGUGAAGUGCAGAGUUAUCCUGCUGGUUCACUUCAUAUUACCAUCAUUUAUUUGGAAUACAUACUACAAACAAGAGGAGUCAUAUUCCCAUUAGGGGCUGUUUAAUAUUUUGCGAAUCCUGCAUUUAUUAAGAAAUUAUAGAGAAGUGUGUUAGGGUAUGAUACUGUGCUUGUGCUUCUUCCCGUGUUUCAUUCAUGAAAAUGACAGUACCAUUGGAGGAUUCAAGUCACUCGGGCGCUUGCCUCAGCUUGGAUCUUAUUUGGCAUUGCUGGGUUUUAGUUGUAAGAGUAUUUUUUGGUUGAGAACUUAUGUCUUAUGACUAUAAGAUUAUAAUCCAUUGGUGUUAACUAUUCCAAA